UUGUGUUCAAUAAACGGAGCCCACACGUCCUCUCAAGUUACUGAGUUUUUGUCCAAAAAGAGCGACUCUAAUCGCCCUACACCUCUUCCCGAUACAAUGGCACGGUGACACAAUGUAGCGCCUUGUUAGCACGAUGGGACAGAAAACUUCAAAACUGCUAACUAACCGGGUUAUGACAAUAUAGUCACGCCGGCAUACAAGUCAACGUCAACCGCUAGAGGUCAUCAAAUUUUAAUGUCUGUGUGUGUAUGUGUGAUGCUGAGGAGGAGGAGGCUCAGGCUGGAAGAGUGUUGGUCAAACAGCAGUGGAAGACUGAGUAGGAGGACGAGGAUGAUGAAGAUGUUUACACUGCUGGGUGUCGUAUGGAUUCACGUGAUUGUCAGCGUCACCUGUCAUUACAGCUGCAACGCUCCUCUGGUGUCCACGCUGCCUCGGUCGUCUUUCAGUAGCUCGUCGCAGGCAUCCUCUGGCAAUGCUUCCCACUCUGCCAAGAUGGACACUAGAGAUGCUGCCGUGUUGUCUAGGAGGGGCAAGUUGGUCUCUUGCAGAGAUGGACCACACCCCCUGGUUGCAGCUGGACCUCAGGGAGCCAAUGGAGGUAACGGCGGUGGCCACACAGGGGCGUGUCAGCAGGUAUCGCCUCUUUUACGGCGACACACCUCAGACCCUGAAGGAAUACCUACAGGACGACAGCCACUUCUUGACAAACGCAGAUGCUCAGGCGGCUGUCCUCGUCAAACUGGCGCCACCACCGAGGUGUCGCUUCUUGCGCUUUGUCCCUCUGGAAUGGACUUCCAGUGACGGGCUGGGCCUGCUCGUGGAUGUGUUUGGCUGCUCCUACAAGUCGCACGUAGCUGACUUUGACGGCCACAGUGCUCUACUGUACCGCUUCAAGCAGAAAUCAGUGUCCACGGCUAAAGACGUCAUCUCGCUGAGGUUCAAAAGCCGACAGGCUGACGGCGUGCUUCUUCAUGGUGAAGGUCGCCGUGGGCACUUCAUCACGCUGGAGCUGCGGGCAGCCAGACUGGUCCUUCACCUCAACUUGGAUAGCACGAGUGAUGGCCGAGUCGGGAGCGAGGUGGCCGGGACCGUGGGAAGUCUUCUGGACGACGAGCGGUGGCACUGGGUGGCGAUAGAGCGCCUCAACAAGCAGGUGAAGGUCAGCGUAGACCGCCACACUCAGAGCUUCGAGACCCGAGGCCAGGGGGAGUCGCUGGAGGUGGACUAUGAGCUGAGCUUCGGAGGCAUUCCUCUGCCUGGCAAGCCCGGAACUUUCCUAAGAAGGAACUUUGAGGGCUGCAUGGAGAAUGUCUACUACAAUGGCAUCAAUGUUAUCGACCUGGCUAAAAGACGCAAACCUCAGAUGUACACCGUGGGCAACAUCACCUUCUCAUGCUUGCGACCUGAGCGGACGGCAUGCACCUUCGUCAGCUCCAACAGCAGCUUUCUGUGGCUGCCGUCAGCCCUCCAGACCACCAUUGGUGGAGGGGACUUCUCCAUUCGCUUCCAGUUUAGAACUUGGAACCCAAACGGGCUGCUGCUUGCCACUGGACUUGGAGUGAUGCAAUGGAAGCUGCGAUUGCACAUCUCCAACGGUCAGCUGCUCCUAGGCAAUGCUGCCACAGGCCCCCGGGUCAAUGACGGACUGUGGCAUUGGCUGAGCAUGGACUACAGGGGUCUGCGGCUGGUUCUGACUCUGGACCUCCAGCCAAUCAUCACCAUGCGACAGCCCCACCCACUUGAGCCCAACGGAGGGUUCUUCUUUGGGGGAUGCGGGGCAUCCGGCUGCCAGAGUCGGAGUUUGUCGUUCCAGGGCUGCAUCAGGCUGCUGUCCAUUGACCGGAGGCCUGUCAAGCUGAGCCUCGUGCGGCGAAACUUGCUGGGAAACUUCUCAUCUCUGAACUUUGACACCUGCCACAUCCGAGACCGGUGUCUUCCUAACAUGUGCGAACACGGCACCUCGUGUACACAAACAUGGAACCAUUUCAACUGCGAUUGUUCUGGAAGUGGAUACGCCGGAGCUACGUGUCACCACUCCAUCUUUGAGCCAUCCUGCGAGUCGUACAAACUCAGCGGUGGCUCGUCGGGCUUCUACUUCAUUGACACGGAUGGCAGCGGCCCACUGGGGCCCACACGGGUAUACUGCAACAUGACAGACGACCAAGUGUGGACGGUGAUGAGUCACAACGUCACACUUCCUGUCCGAAUCAGUGACUCUACACACAAGCCUCACGUUAUGAAGUUUAACUACAGCGCAUCGCCCCAACAACUGCGUGCCAUCGUGAUGGCGUCUGAGCAGUGCCGACAGGAAGUGGUAUUCUUUUGCAAAAAGUCUCACCUCUUCAUCACCGAAGAUGGAAGGCCGCUGUGCUGGUGGGUGGACCAACAUGGGGAAAGGAGGACUUUCAGGGGCAGCUCCAACGACAUUUGGUCCAAGAACUCGGAGGUCCUGUCCCACAAAGAGCACCUCCCGUUAAGCAUCGUCAUUGUCGACGACUCUCAAGCCGUUUACAGCGUGGGCCCUCUGCUUUGCCAUGGAGACAGGCAUCUUUGGAACAUGGCGUCCUUCUACCAGGAAGGGGCCUACCUCUGCUUCCCACCCCUACAAGCCACACAGACCUUUGAUAUCAAUUUCUACUUUAAGACCGCUGCUCCGUCUGGGAUCAUUCUGGAUUCUGGGGAUCAGAAAGACUUGAUCCGUGUGGAACUCAGCUCUCCUUCUGUAGUGACGAUGUCGUUCAGCGCAGCGGUGGUGUCCGUCAAGUCCCACCUCCCAUUGAAUGAUGGCCAGUGGCACUACGUGAGGGCGGAGCGUAACGUAAAGGAGGCAUGGCUGCAGGUGGACCAACUUCCUGUGGUCUUCAUGGAGGCACUGAUUGAUAGAGCUGCACACCUCGGCCUUGGCGGGAAUUUCUUUGUAGGGGGAGCGCCGUAUGGUCCACAAAGCUUCUUAGGCUGCAUCAGGUCUCUGACAGUCAACAGCGUAACCUAUGACCUGCAAGAGAGGGCCAAGAAGGCACCCGGCGUGAGCCCCACAUGUCACGGUUACUGCGAUGGUUCAAGCGUUGUUUGUCACAACCACGGACGUUGCGUUGAAAAGAGCGAUGGCUUCACCUGUGACUGCUCGCGCUCAGCAUACGCUGGGUUGCUGUGCAAUGAUGAGGUGGCGCUGUCCUUUGACAAGGAGACGUCAAUAACCUACACCUUUUCACCGGAGAACCAUCAAAAGUCGCCAAAACUGUCAGAGGGUGGUGAGCCCAGAGCCAGAGAGGAUGUGACUUUCAGCUUCGUCACCUUGCAGAGACCCGCCAUGUUAAUGAGCAUCAAAAAUGACAGGAUGCACUACAUAGCUGUCCUUCUUGCUGGCGACGGAAGUCUACGUGUGUGGUAUGGCCUGCAGAGCGACGGGAAGCCUGAGGUCUUUAGUCCUGCGUCCAGUAGCCUGGCUGACGGGCGACCCCACCGUGUCAGAAUCCUUCAUGAGAGCAAAAUAGUCUGCGUGCAGGUGGACCAGGAAGUGAACAAGAAGUUCAUUCUGGAAUCCAAUGCUGAGCCGAUACUCAUCACGACAAUGACUUUGGGAAAGGUCACAUUAGAUAAGUCACUCCCCCUGGAGGUGAUCUCAGCCGGCCAGGCGGGUUUUGUAGGCUGUCUGUCAUCGGUCCAUGUUAAUCAUGUGGCCCCCCUGAAGGCGGCGCUGUUGCAGAGAGGUGUCUCUCCGGUUGAAGUCCGUGGUGCACUUGUGUCCAGAUGCUCCAUUGCGUCGCACAAUCUGAAAGAGCAGACCACCAGCACCACGGCAAGUAAAGAUGGCGGUCAGAAGGAGACCGGGCUUGUCACAGGGUGUGUGGUGGCACUUGUUCUCACCGCUGCCUGCCUGCUCACCGCCAUAAUCCGCCUCCUCUACCGCUGCCGUGCCCAAAGCUAACAAAGGGGCAGAUCUUAGGGCGAAGCUUCACAUGCACAACUGGAAAGGCUACCACAUCACCAAGAGCUGCAGAACAUUCUGAAAGUUCAGUUUGAUGUUUUUGUAAACGAGUUAGCCACCUUCUCAUUACAACGGUCUCUCCAUGUUAAUGCAAAGUUAAAGUAAAUUAAUUUCAAUUUAUUUAUAGAGCACAAGUCAUACAAAAGAUAAUUUAAAGUAGGCUAAAAUCACCUCAUAAAAUUAUUACAUAAAAACAAAAUAAUUCCAAAAUCAUUACAUACAAUUCUAUAAUCAUUGCAUCAAACAAAAAUUUAAAGGCAGCAGACUUUGUGAAGAUUUAUAUUUGUUUCAUUUUUAAAACAUUAGGCCAUGAGUGUACAUAGCAUGUGAA